GGUCGGCGCGCUAGCCCAGCUGAGCGGCGACCAGCGCUGCGGGGCGGCCGGGCUGCACGCGCACCCGCCACCUGGGAAGCGGAGACACAGCUAGUCCGAGCUUCGGGAUGAGGAGCAGGCGAAGUUGACGAGCCCCCCCACCCACGCUGCGCGUCUGCGGCGCAGAGGUGCGCUGCCCUCUCCAGGAGGUGCCCGCGCACGGCUCUGCUCCAGGGGCUGCAGCGAGCGCUCUGUCGCGCCUGUUUGUUUGCCAAAGGAGCCACCCCGGGGAGAAGACUCGGAGGGGAGUUGUCUCCCCAAGGGAUACCUGCAGCCCAGGCAGGGGGUUUGGGCGGCCUGGAUGCGCAGAACCCAGCCCCGCAGCCGCUGACGCCGGGCGGCGGCGAAGUUUGGCUGCUGAGCGGCGCGGCGCAAGGCCACUGGACAGCGGGCAGCCAGGCGGCAGCGGGAGCGAUGCCGGUGGGGGGCCUGUUGCCGCUCUUCAGUAGUCCCGCGGGCAGCGGCCUGGGCGGCGGCCUGGGUGCGGGGCUCGGCGGCGGCAGGAAGGGGUCCGGCCCCGCCGCCUUCCGCCUGACGGAGAAGUUCGUGCUGCUGUUGGUGUUCAGCGCCUUCAUCACGCUCUGCUUCGGGGCGAUCUUCUUCCUGCCCGACUCUUCCAAGCUGCUCAGCGGGGUCCUGUUCCACUCCAGCCCCGCCCUGCAGCCGCCCGCAGACCGCAAGCCCGGGCCCGGGGCGCGCGCCGAGGACGCGGCAGAUGGGCGAGCCCGGCGCGGCGAGGAGGGCGCGCCCGGGGACCCCGCGGCCGCCCUGGAGGACAACUUGGCCAGGAUCCGUGAAAACCACGAGCGGGCUCUGAGGGAAGCCAAGGAGACCCUGCAGAAGCUGCCCGAGGAGAUCCAAAGAGACAUCCUGAUGGAGAAGGAGAAGGUGGCCCAGGACCAGCUGAGUAACAGGGUGGGGUUCAAGAUGCUGCCCCCAGUGGACUUAGCACCCCUCGUUGGGGCAAUUGACCGGGAGCCGGCCGACGCCGCCAUCCGCGAGAAAAGGGAGAAGAUCAAAGAGAUGAUGAAACAUGCUUGGAAUAAUUAUAAACGUUAUGCCUGGGGAAAAAAUGAACUGAAGCCUGUAUCAAAAGGAGGCCAUUCAAGCAGUUUGUUUGGUAAUAUCCAAGGAGCAACAAUAGUAGAUGCCCUAGAUACACUUUUUAUUAUGAAAAUGAAAGACGAAUUUGAAGAGGCAAAAUCAUGGGUUGACGAAAAUCUAAAUUUUAAUAUGAAUGCUGAAGUUUCUGUUUUUGAAGUAAAUAUACGCUUUGUCGGUGGACUAAUCUCAGCUUACUACCUGUCUGGAGAAGAGAUAUUUCGAAAGAAAGCAGUGGAACUUGGGGUAAAAUUGCUACCUGCAUUUCAUACUCCCUCUGGAAUACCUUGGGCAUUGCUGAAUAUAAAAAGUGGGAUUGGAAGGAAUUGGCCCUGGGCCUCAGGAGGCAGCAGUAUUUUGGCAGAAUUUGGAACUCUGCAUUUGGAGUUUAUACACUUGAGCUACUUAUCAGGAAACCCCAUCUUUGCUGAUAAGGUAAUGAAUAUUCGAACAGUACUUAACAACCUGGAAAAACCACAAGGCCUUUAUCCUAACUAUCUGAAUCCCAAUAGUGGACAAUGGGCUCAAUAUCAUGUAUCAGUUGGAGGACUUGGAGACAGCUUUUAUGAAUAUUUGCUAAAGGCAUGGUUAAUGUCUGACAAGACAGAUCUACAAGCUAAGAAGAUGUAUUUCGAUGCUAUUAAGGCAAUUGAGACUCACUUGAUCCGGAAGUCACGUAAUGGACUGACUUACAUCGCAGAGUGGAAAGGGGGCCUCCUGGAACACAAGAUGGGCCACCUGACCUGCUUUGCGGGAGGCAUGUUUGCCCUCGGGGCAGAUGACGCUCCUGAAGGCCUGACCCAACACUACCUUCAACUCGGGGCUGAAAUUGCCCGUACCUGUCAUGAAUCUUACAAUCGCACAUUUGUGAAACUGGGACCAGAAGCUUUCAGAUUCGAUGGCGGUGUUGAAGCCAUUGCUACGAGGCAAAAUGAAAAAUACUACAUCCUACGGCCAGAAGUUGUUGAGACUUACAUGUACAUGUGGCGACUGACUCAUGAUCCAAAAUACAGGAAAUGGGCCUGGGAAGCUGUAGAGGCCUUGGAGAAACACUGCAGAGUGAAAGGAGGCUAUUCAGGCCUCAGGGAUGUUUACUUCCAUAAGGAGAGCUAUGAUGAUGUGCAGCAGAGUUUCUUCCUGGCAGAAACACUAAAAUAUUUGUACUUAAUAUUUUCUGAUGACGAUCUACUUCCACUGGAACACUGGAUCUUCAAUACUGAGGCACAUCUUCUCCCUGUACUCUCUAGGAAUAUAAAGAAAGUUGAAGUCCAUGAGAAAUAAAAAGACAUUUUAUAUUUUACUCUCCUCCAUUCCCUUCACUGCAUACCUUAAUCAUUCUUUUUCUGGUGAUCAGGCAUAUGAUGAAUUUUUAUUAAUAGGUCUGUGAUUAUUCUAAGUUUUAAAAUUGUUUUGCAGUCUUUUAUGUUUAUUAUCAUAGGCAUAGAUGGACCUAAAUUCCUUAUUGUAGGCUUUAUUAUUCAUUCAGUGAAUCACAUGGUUUUUUGUUUGUUUGUUUUAAGUAAUCUUUUAUCUCUGGAGUUCAUGAAGGUAUAGUAUCAUUUUUAUUAAACUGAAUA